AUGGCCAUACAGAAAUCUCUCUUUCUUGCUUUUCUUCUUUUAUUAUUAGAAUUUCUUUCAUCAAAUGCCUUUACAACAGCACCAGCAUCCACACUCGGAGAAGCAGACGCUCUCUUGGAAUGGAAAGCCAGCAUCUUGUCACCACAAGCUCUCCAUUCAUGGUCACUUCCAGCUGCUAAUGCUAGUGCCAACACAAUCUCUCCAUGCAAAUGGUAUGGGAUCUCCUGCAACAGCCUUGGAAGCGUAAUAGAGAUAAGCUUACCCAGUGCAGGCUUGCAAGGUAAGCUUGAUAACUUGAGCUUCUCGUCAUUUCCAAACCUCCUCCGUCUCAAUCUCAGUGACAACACACUCAUUGGAACCAUCCCAGCUGAUAUUGGCACUCUUUCUAGAAUCGUCUCCCUCAAUAUCUCCAUGAAUAAUCUCUCUGGACUUCUACCUCUUUCAAUGGCUAACCUUUCUCACCUUUCAGAGCUCGACAUCUCGUCUAAUGAAAUAACUGGGCCUAUUCCUCCUUCUUUAGGUAACUUGAUCAGGCUGACAGUCCUCCACCUCUCUGACAAUCAAAUUUCUGGUUCAAUUCCAGCACAAUUAGGAAAUCUCAAGAAUUUGGUUAAGUUGUCGUUGCACAAUAACAAUCUGACAGGUCCAAUCCCUCCUGCUUUAGGUAAUUUGAGAAGCCUUACGGUUUUGUACCUUGACAACAAUCAAAUUUCUGGUUCAAUUCCUGCACAAUUAGGAAAUCUCAAGAAUUUGGUUGAUUCGGAGUUGUCACAUAACAAUCUAACAGGUCCAAUCUCUCCUGCUUUAGGUAAUUUGAGAAGCCUUAAGGUUUUGUACCUCCACAACAAUCAAAUUUCUAGUUCAAUUCCUGCACAAUUAGGAAAUCUCAAGAAUUUGGUUGAUUUGGAGUUGUCACAUAACAAUCUAACAGGUCCAAUCCCUCCUGCUUUAGGUAAUUUGAGAAGCCUUACGGUUUUGUACCUCCACAACAAUCAAAUUUCUGGUUCAAUUCCUGCACAAUUAGGAAAUCUCAAGAAUUUGGUUGAAUUGGUGUUGUCACAUAACAAUCUGACAGGUCCAAUCCCUCCUGCUUUAGGUAAUUUGAGAAACCUUACACAUUUGUCCCUCUACGACAAUCAAAUUUCUGGUUCAAUUCCUCUGGAAAUUGGGAAUUUGGUAAAUCUCAAUGAGCUUCAGCUGUCCAUUAACCUUCUAACAGGUUCUAUCCCUUCCACUUUAGGAAACUUGACCAAGCUUGAACUCUUCAUUGCAAUUGACAACCAUUUAACUGGUGAGAUCCCAAAAAGCUUCAGAAAUUGCACUAGGUUAACUAGAGUUCGACUCGACGGAAACCAGCUCAUUGCAAAUGUAUCAGAAGUCUUUGGUGUAUACCCACAUCUCUAUUUCAUGGAUGUCAGCAACAAUAGGUUGUUUGGUGAACUCUCACCGAACUGGGGAGAAUGCAGAAACUUGACAAAGCUACAAUUCUCUGGAAACAUGAUCACUGGUAGAAUUCCUCGCGAGAUUGGGCGGUUGACCCGGCUAGGAGUGCUUGGUCUUUCUUCAAACCGUCUGGUCGGAGAGAUUCCAAAGGAAUUGGGGACGUUGACUUCAUUGUUCAACUUGAGUUUAAGUGAUAACCAGCUUUCUUAUAGGGUUCCUCAAGAAAUUGGGAGACUGUCCAAUUUGGAGAUUCUGGACCUAUCAAUGAACAACCUUUCUGGUCCAAUACCACCUCAGUUGGGGAAUUGCUCCAAACUACGGUAUCUGAAAUUGAGUGAAAAUUAUUUGAAGGGAAGCAUUCCAUUUCAGAUAGGCAACCUGAUACACCUACAGGGUGCAUUAGACCUUAGCCAUAAUUCACUCAAUGGAGAGAUAUCAUCACAAAUUGGGAACUUGCAGAUGCUGGAAAUGUUAAACCUCUCCCACAACAUGUUGUCUGGCUCAAUUCCAAAAUCUUUUGAAGGGAUGCUCAGCUUGCAAUCCAUAGAUUUUUCAUACAAUGAUUUGGAAGGCCCUAUUCCCAACAACAAAGCCUUUCAGAAGGCUCCUGCAGAGGCAUUCAUAAAAAACAAAGCCUUAUGUGGUGAAGUGCAAGGUUUGAGACCCUGCAAUGCUCCUUCAACAAGCCAUGGUGAUACAAAAAAAGGCCGCCAAGUUGUCAUCUUCAUUGUUCUUCCUCUCUUGGCAGCCUUGUUUCUUUUAUUUAUAGUCGUCGGCGUUUCUUCCAUUUAUUAUCAAAGACGAAGAAAUAAAGAGAAAGAGGUUCUCGAAAGGAGCAACAGAAAUCCAUUUUCAAUGUGGAAUUAUGAUGGGAUUGAUGCAUUUGAACAGAUUAUGGAAGCGACAGAGAGUUUCGACGAUAAAUAUUGCAUCGGAACUGGAGGGUAUGGAAAAGUUUACAAAGCAAAUCUACCAUCAGGCCAAGUAGUAGCUGUGAAAAAACUUCACCCACUCGAAGGUGGGGAUCAAUCCGAUCAAAGAAGUUUUAGAAAUGAGAUUCGAGCAUUAACAGAAAUCCGUCAUCGCAACAUUGUGAAGCUUUAUGGUUUUUGUUCCCAUGCUCAAUUCUCAUUUUUAGUCUAUGAGUACAUGGAAAGGGGAAGCUUGGCUAGCAUCCUAAGCAAUGACAGUGGAGCUGCAGAGUUGGACUGGACUCUAAGGGUGAAGGUUAUUAAAGGUGUGGCCCAUGCGUUAUCUUACAUGCACCAUGAUUGCACCCAGCCAAUUGUCCAUCGAGACCUAUCAAGCAACAACGUUCUGCUGAAUUCAGAACUUGAGGCAUGUGUUUCUGACUUUGGCACUGCAAGAUUGUUGAUACCCAAUUCAUCCAAUUGGACUAUGCUCGCAGGCACUUACGGAUACAUCGCUCCAGAGCUUGCAUUUACAAUGAGGGUGACUGAAAAUUGCGACGUAUAUAGCUUUGGUGUUGUGGCACUUGAAGUGAUGAUGGGAAGGCAUCCUGGAGAGCUCAUCUCCUCUUUGUCAUCACCAAGUAGACAUGAUACACUGCUAAAGGAUAUGUUGGACCAACGUCUCUUGGGUCCAACGGCUGAGAUUGCACCGGAAGUCUUAUUUGUGGUGUCCAUGGCACUUUCAUGCAUUCGACUAGAUCCAAACUCUCGGCCAACCAUGCACUACGUGGCUCAAGAGUUAUCUAUUAGUCAGCCUUCCUUCUCUCUAGGACCAUUCCACGCGCUUACAUUACGUCAACUGAUGGAUCUCAAGGUAUAGUUGGGUGGAUGAAAAUCAUUGAGGUUGGGGAUGUGUAGAGGCAAGUACAUUAUUAUUGUGUGUGUUUAUUGUAUGAAAA